CCGGUUGAGAAAAACGAAAGUGCUGAAGUUUCGAUAUUGAAUACAGUCCAUGCAAAAAGAGUGUGUUGGUCUUUGAUCUGAUUCCAAAAGCUGCUUUGGUGUCCUGCAUUAUUUUGCUUUCGUAAGCGAAAGAAAAUAAAAAUUGGACAAUGAAGCUCAAUGUUGAUGGCCUACUUGUUUACUUCCCGUAUGACUAUAUCUACCCGGAGCAGUUCCUGUACAUGCAGGAACUAAAGAAAGCUCUCGAUGCUAAGGGUCAUUGUGUGCUGGAGAUGCCCUCUGGGACAGGGAAGACAGUCUCACUCCUCUCUCUCAUCAUUGCCUACAUGAGGGUGAAUCCAUUGGAUGUUACGAAAAUGAUCUAUUGUUCCCGUACAGUUCCUGAAUUGGAAAAGGUUGUGGAGGAGAUGCGAGGUCUGAUAGAUUACUACAUACAGGAGACAGGGGAGGUGCCCAACUUUGUGGGUCUGGCUCUCAGCUCCAGGAAAAACAUGUGUGUCCACCCAGAGGUGAGCCAAGAGAGAGAUGGAAAAGUUGUAGACGGCCGAUGCCAUCAGCUGACAGCGUCUUUUGUUCGCAACCGGCACAAGACCAACUCCAAUGUGCCAAUCUGCGACUUCUAUGAGAACUUUGAUGCCCAUGGUCGCGAGACACCUUUGGCUCCUGGCGUUUAUGGACUUGAUGAUCUACGCCAGUUAGGCCGACAGGCUGGAUGGUGCCCUUACUUUCUUGCCAGACAUGCCAUGGGUCAAGCUCACGUGAUUGUGUACAGCUACUACUAUCUUCUUGAUCCCAAAAUCGCAGAGAUGGUGUCGAAGGAACUCUCAAAGCAGUCGGUUGUUGUGUUUGAUGAGGCUCACAAUAUAGACAAUGUAUGUGUUGAAUCAAUGAGUGUGAAGAUCACCCGUCGAACAAUUGAUAAAUGCAACCAGAACAUAGAUGACUUGAGCAAACAGAUUAAAAGAUUACUCAACAGCCAGCGAAGUUUCUACAAUGGUUCAGCUUUCCUUGUCGUGCAAAAGGCCAUUCCUGGAAAUAUUCGCAAUGCAGAACACUUUGUAGGGUUCAUGAAGCGUUUUGUGGAAUAUCUCAAGACGCGGUUACGAGUGAUGCAUGUGGUGUCUGAGAGUCCCCCGUCCUUCCUCAAAGACUGCCAGUCCAAAGUCUGCAUCGAUCGAAAGCCACUCAGGUUCUGUUCAGAACGGCUCCAAUCCUUGUUGCGUACACUCGAGCUGGCAGACAUAAAGGACUACUCAUCCCUGUCCUUAGUGGCAAACUUUGCUACUCUCAUCAGUACUUACACAAAAGGAUUUUCAUUGAUCAUUGAGCCAUUUGAUGACCGUACUCCCACCAUCUCAAACCCCAUCAUGAAUUUCAGCUGCCUAGAUGCCACGAUCGCUGUCAAACCAAUAUUUGAUCGCUUUCAGACUGUUGUUGUUACAUCAGGGACACUUUCACCUCUGGACAUGUACCCCAAGAUCCUGGACUUCCAGCCCGUCACCAUGGCAACAUUCACCAUGACAUUGGCUAGACCCUGCAUCUGCCCCAUGAUUGUCAGCAAGGGCAAUGACCAAGUGGCUAUGAGCUCAAAGUUUGAGACGAGAGAAGAUAUAGCCGUGACCCGUAACUAUGGAAACCUGCUUGUGGAUAUGGUGACCGUAGUUCCUGAUGGUGUUGUUUGCUUCUUCACCAGCUAUAUAUACAUGGAAACAAUUGUGGCUGCUUGGUAUGAACAGGGCAUCAUUGACCAGAUUCUGAAGCACAAGCUUCUGUUCAUUGAGACCCAGGAUGCGGCGGAAACGUCUCUGGCUUUGCUCAAUUACCAGAAGGCGUGUGAGAACGGGCGUGGAGCAGUCCUGCUGUCAGUCGCCAGGGGAAAAGUCUCUGAGGGCAUUGACUUUGACCAUCACUAUGGGCGAGCAGUCAUUAUGUUCGGAGUUCCUUACGUGUACACACAGAGCAGGAUACUCAAGGCCCGGCUGGAGUACCUGCGCGAUCAGUACCAGAUCCGAGAGAAUGACUUCCUUACAUUUGAUGCCAUGAGGCAUGCAGCACAGUGUGUGGGCCGAGCCCUUAGGGGCAAGACGGACUACGGAGUCAUGGUCUUUGCAGACAAGAGAUUUGCAAGGGCUGACAAACGAGGGAAGAUUCCACGAUGGAUUCAAGAGCACUUGACGGACAAUUUGUGCAACCUGUCAACUGAUGAAGCGAUUCAAAUCUCCAAAAGAUUUCUCAGACAGAUGGCACAGCCUUUCAGUAGGAAAGAUCAGCUGGGUUUGUCUCUGCUGACAUUGGAGCAACUGCAGUCAGAGGAGAUGCAGAAAAAGAUUGAGACUAAAAUGCAACAUGUCUAACUGAACGCUGCAAAUUGUGUUCAGUAUGAUAUGAAAUUCAUCGUUCAUUCAUUUUUAUGAUUUUCUUUUAUAUCAUGGUGAUGAUAUAGACAUUACAUUUAAUGUUACAUGAAGAUUGCCAGGCCCAUUCUUUUAUACUACUCCCCUUCCCCCACUUCCUUUUCCCUUCCCCAACCAUUUCACAUCUCUGUUUCUUUUUCAAGGUUGAUGAUGAUUACUUUCAUGAAACUUUGUUCCUUUUUUUCAACAUUUGUUCUGGUGAAAAUAUGUGAUUGUUUCUUGAGCUUUGUGACAAAUGAUGACUUUUUUAAAAGUUGCACUUUACACCCGUGAAUUUGUCUAUACAUUUUCGUCUUAGAUCGAUUUUGUUUUUUUCUGUCUCUGUUUUCAUUGUAUUUAAAUGCAAUACGUGACCUUGACAGCGUAGGUCUGUUUAAGACUUUAGAGUCGAGGUAUUGAGUACACCCUAGAUGGCCUUCUGGUCUGGUAAUUCUUCUGUUAUGUGCAUUUAUUAUUUGUCAUCAUGCAAUCUAUCAGGUUGUUUAGGUUGCUGAAUCUCUUUUCACCUGUGUUCAAGCCUUUUUGUAGUUUUGUUCGCUUUUUUAGAAUGUUGUAGGCUACUUUCAAUUGAAAUAUAUGUGAAUGGUUCUUUUGUUUUGAAACAUUGAAUAAAAAGUCUGAAAAUCAGU